AUGGCAGGUGUGCUCAAGAACGUCUUUGGCUCCUCUGGGGGUGCCAGAUCUGAUGAUGAUUUCGCCGACUUCGUCGAGGCCCCGAACCCUUCGCCUGCAUCCAUCAUCCCCGACACGACCUCCGUCCCGGCUUCCAAUACCCAGCGUGCCGGCACUGUCCCCUACACCAAAUGGUACCGGAUCUGGGAACGGGCGUCCCCCAAGGACUUCAAGCAGGAGGCAAUGAUCAUGCCGUUCAUCCUGCUCAUCCUGCUCUUCCAUGUCUGGGGUACUCGCAAGAACCGGAGGAAGGCCCGGGACUGGGCGCGGGCCCAUGCCCCGACACUUCAGAAGGAGUUUGCCGUCGUGGGUUUCGACGGAAUCCCGCGCCCGGCUGCCGGCGAGGAUGAAUCGGUCGCGGCGGAAUUGGUCAACCCGGACUCAUUGUUCAAGGAGAAAUCGGCGCACGAGUUCACUUCGUAUGCCACCGGUCGCCAGAACGUGGCUUUCCUUGAUGUGGCGCUUAAAAUGCCCAAGCGGUACAACCCGGUCAUCUACCUCAUGGAGUACGUGUUCAGCUUCUUCUUUGAGAGUUGGGAGCCUCCCAGCGAGAAGUACGAGGCUCUUGUGUACGCUUUCGAUGGUAAGGAGAAGGAUCUGGUACCGGUCGUGGCCAAGGAUGCGACGCCUGUGAAGGCGCCCAACUCGACUUACGACGGAUUCAUCUGGGCUAUUGUUCACAAGAGCCACAUGCGCAAGUUCCGCAAUGACCGCUACGAUGCGUCGAUCACCUUCUCCAAGGACAACCCCAAGCUCCCCAAUUGGGCCACUGUGAUGACAGAGAGUGCCGAAAUCACCGAUGCACUUCUCACCCCGGAGUUGAUUCAGGCCAUUGAGCAGGCGGGCAAUGACUUUGAGUACCUGAUUGCGACGGACCAACCCCUCGACAAGCCCACCAAGAUCGAUGACACCGUUCCGAAGAAGCGCAUCCAGCUCUCCGUCAACCUCUCCACUGGCUACGCCUCGACUCUGCCGCUUUUCUCGCAGUUCCUGCGCUUUGCGGACAAACUGGUUGCUUCUGCCCACUUCCGUGGCGAGGUUAUGCGCAAGGUCCGUACUGUUCGCGAGGGAGAGAUCAAGAAGAUCCGCCGGGCCGAGGAGGAGGAGAAGGCUGAGGAGCGCAAGAUCGCCGCUGAGAAGGUCAAGAAGGAAGAGCGGGAGCGUCUGCUCCGUGGCAUGAACGCUGAGGAGCAGCGCAAAUUCCUCGAUCGCGAAAGCCAAAAGGGCCACAGGCGCUCGAUGAAGAAGUACACCACGAAAGGGUGA